AUGAGCAAUCCAUAUGAGGAAUUUAAAACAGCUGUUUAUGACUAUGUCAUCAUUGGCACCGGUGUAACAGAGUCAACUAUCGCUGCAUCAUUAUCACAUCAAGGAAAAACAGUUUGUGUUGUCGAUCCUAAUCCAUUGUAUGGCGUGAAGUCGAUGUACGUCCGUAAUAGGGAAUUGGAACAAACCCUUUCGACACUGGCAUUGAAGCACUCCAUAGAAAUUCCACUAACAAAAAUUGAAUUCGAUCGAUCUAUUGGAAUUGAUUUAACACCACAACUCUUUUAUUCCAACGGAGACUUGUUGAACACUAUCACAGAGUCUGAAAUAUAUAAAUACCUCGACUUUUUGGCGGUCGAUGGUGUGUUUAUGUACUUAAACAACAAGAUCAUCAGAGUUCCGGACUCAAAGAAUACCCUUUUCACGUGCACUGACUUGUCUUUGAUUGAGAAGAGACAAUUGAUGAAAUUUUUGAACGAUAUUUAUCUUGACAAAGAUACUCCAAUAGAACAGACACAAAUGUUUAAAGGAUUAAAGGAAGCAGGGUCCCUCAGAAAAUAUUUAGAAACAAUAAAACUGAGUAAAGUGUGUCAAGACAUUAUUGUCUAUGGGAUUUGUAUGUUCGCAGCGAACGACGAAACUAAUGCUGAAAUCGUUGUGAAAAAAAUCAUGAUAUACGCAAAGUCACUUGGUAAAUAUGGAGGUUCACCUUUUGUGUACUGCCAAUACGGGUAUGGUGAUGUUGCACAAGGGUUUAGCCGGUCAUCAAGUGUUGCAUCGGGUGUCUUUUUAUGUGGGCAUGAAGUAAAAGAAGUCAAGAAAAAUGGAGAGUUGUGGGAAGCAUACUGCUCAAGCCCAGACAACCGUUUUGAGAAGAUCGAAUUCACAGUGAAAGGAAAAAGAUUGAUUAAAAAUAGGACGUUUGUGAAAGAAGAAAAAGGGAAAUCUGUCGACUACAUGCAAGUAGUGAGGGAAAAAGUAUUACCAUUUGGAAGGAGGUUUUAUGUUGCAAUUCCGUUAAGAGGGAAGUGUGUUCAAUGCAUUGUAUCUUCAAUUGAAAACGUCACAAAUGUAGCGUUGUCGGUAGAAAAUGACACUGAAAACUUACUUGAAGAUGCGAUGAAAAUAGUGUGUGGAGAUAAUUGGAAGGAAGAGGCACUACUCUCUUUUAAGUACACUUUCGAUUUGGCACAAUGGGAAAAAGUGAAAGAAGUUGAUGGGAUGUUGGUAACAAGUGACGCCACAAUUGGAAUUGGAAGCGAUAUUGACAUGUCUGUGAGUGAAGCAAAAUCGGUGUGUGGAGAAGAGUUGUUCAGAGAAGAUGAAAUUGUAGCAGAAGUACUUGAUGAAGUUCCACAAGAAACAAAAGAAACACCAAAAGUUUCAAAAGAGGAGAAGGAAAGUUCAGUUGAAGAAAAGAAGGAAAUAAAUGGAAAUGGAGAAAAAGAAGUGAAAGACACUUCAAACGAGGUAGAGGCAAAAUAA